AUGGCCACCUCGUUGAAAAGAUUGUCCUGCAAGAGGAAAUUCGUCGCUGACGGAGUCUUCUAUUCCGAAUUGAAUGAGUUGUUGACCCGCGAAUUGGCCGAAGAUGGUUACGCUGGUGUCGAAGUUCGUACCACUCCCCACCGCACCGAAAUCAUCAUCCGUGCCACCCGCACCCAAAACGUGUUGGGAGAGAAUGGACGUCGCAUCCGUGAAUUGACCUCCGUCGUCCAAAAGAGAUUCGGCUUUGCCGAUGGCGCUGUGGAGCUAUACGCCGAGCGUGUCCAGAACCGUGGUCUCUGCGCCCAAGCCCAAGCCGAAUCCUUGAAAUUCAAAUUGUUGGGAGGACUUGCCGUCCGAAGAGCCUGUUACGGUGUCGUCCGAUUCGUCAUGGAAGCUUCUGCCAAGGGUUGCGAAGUCAUCGUCACUGGAAAGCUUCGUGGACAACGUGCCAAGGGCAUGAAGUUUGGAGAUGGUUACAUGAUCAAGACGGGACAUGCCGGACAAGUGUACACGGAUACUGCCGUCCGUCACGUACUCAUGAGACAAGGUGUCAUUGGAAUCAAGGUUUCCAUCUUUUUGCCACACGAUCCUUCGGGUAAGAUGGGUCCCAAGAUUCCAUUGGAUGAUGUCGUCAAGAUUCAUGAACCCAAGCCAGAAGUGGAUCCAGAAGCGAUGCUUGCGGCUCAGGAACAAGCGCGUGCUGCUGCUGCCAUGGCCGCUGCUCCACCAAUGGAGGCCAUGCCUCCAGUGGAUCCAGUUCCAAUGGUCGAUCCUAACGCUUCUGCUGGAUUCUAA